UUUACCUUUGGCUGUCUACAUGUCUAAGUAAUUACAUUACAGUCAGUUUCUAGUCAAUACCAGUCGACUAACGGCUAAUAUGCGUGAGAUCUAUAGUUUUCAGGUUCAAUAUACACGAAUUAUAUAAAGUCGAAGACGAUCUAUAAAAACGCCGAGUAUAGACCGUAACGGUGACAGGUGCUCACCAGCCCGUCUUCAUCGAGCCUUGAGGAGGGACGUCGCUUUCUCAGACGUCGCCCACACAACAGCGCUUCAUUUUUCCUUGUCGUAUGGCCGUUAUCUUUCGAGUCCUUACACGUCUCUAUGGUAAACAGCGACUCCGGUGUUGGGGCUGCCCCUUUCCGAGGGACUCCGGUUAACUGGAUUAUUCCCUUCGCUCCGGUGCAGCGGUAGCUGGUGUAGUCUGUACCCCUUCGUGUGCGGUGCGGAACGUGAGCAGAGAGAAGAUUGUAAAUUAAAAGCGCCGCACCUGAACCCGUCAAGGAAAGAAUAGUUUAGGCACCUGAAAAUCAUCUCCGGAGGACCUCCGUGUUAAAUUAGGAAAUAAUCCAUUUUUUUCUCAUAGCAGGUCAGUGUUUGAGAGAAGCUGUAAUGAUGCCCACACGAGAAAAGAUCAAGAAGAAACCCCCCAAAGACAGCUUAACGUUAUUACCCUGCUUCUAUUUUGUAGAGCUGCCCAUCGUCGCCUCGUCCAUGGUGUCGCUGUACUUCCUGGAGCUCACGGACGUGCUGCAGCCCGCGCAGGUGGGCUUCCGUUGCCAUGACCGUGCCCUCAGCAUGCCCUACGUAGAGAGCGGCGAGGAGCUCAUCCCACUGCUCAUGCUCCUCAGCCUGGCGUUCGCUGGCCCCGCCGCAUCCAUCAUGAUUGGAGAGGGUAUAGUGUACUGCAUGCAGUCCAGGCUCAAGAUACGUCCAGGGAACGAAGGCAGCAUCAAUGCCGGGGGCUGCAACUUCAACUCCUUCCUGCGCAGAACCGUGCGCUUUGUAGGAGUUCAUGUGUUUGGUCUUUGUGCCACCGCAUUGGUCACCGAUGUCAUCCAAAUCGCCACUGGCUAUCAUGCGCCCUUCUUCCUGACUGUGUGCAAACCCAAUUAUACCCUCCCUGGAGUGUCCUGUGAGAAAAACCCCUACAUCACUAAAGACAUUUGCUCCGGCCAGGAUCUCCACGCCAUUCUCUCUGCUAGGAAAACCUUUCCCUCCCAGCAUGCAACUCUUUCUUCAUUUGCAGCUGUUUAUAUUUCAAUGUACUUCAACUCCACCAUCUCAGACAGCACUAAACUGUUGAAGCCUGUACUCGUGUUCGCUUUCGCCAUUGCCGCUGCCCUGACUGGCCUCACUCAGAUCACACAGUAUCGCAGUCACCCUGUGGAUGUCUACGUGGGCUUCUGCAUUGGCGCCGGCAUCGCCGCGUACCUGGCAUUCCAUGCUGUCGCUAACUUCAGACCAGCAGAGGACACAGUUCCCCUCCCUGCCCCUCCACCUCCGAAGGAUGCUUUACGAGCUCUGACCCAGCGCGGCCAUGACUCAGUCUACAACAAAGGCCAUACCUCUCAGAGCAAUGAGGAGAUCACAUCACCAGCCUCCCUGGAUGCGCUCAACCGGCCCUUGCAGCGGGAGAAGGCUUCCUUGGGCAGUCUGAAGAGGGCCAGCGUAGAUGUGGAACUCCUUGCGGCCCGCAGCCCAAUGGGUAAGGAGACCAUGGUGACCUUCAGCAACACUUUGCCACGUGCUACAGCCGGGGGCCCCGAGGAGCCGACGAGGCGGCUGGUGACGGUGCCCGUGCCCAUGGACCCCAUGCGUUCGCAGCAGCUGGUCUCCGAGUGGAAGCAGAAGUCAAUGGAGAUGCGCAGUGCCAGCCUGCAGAGCGAGGAGGGCAGCAAGGAAGGCUCUGAAACGGGCGAGGACACCACUGAGGAGGAGAGCACCCCCUCACCAUUGCAUGCUGCAACACCACAGCCCACCAAGCCAGCUAAUCCACCUGCCGGUGCCAGGGUGGUGAUGCCCCCGAGGCCCCCAGGGCAGCCAUCGGUCCCUCCGCCAGUGUCACCCAAAAGUGCCAGCACUCGUGCUAAAUGGCUGUCCAUCACGGAGAAGAGUGCUGCCAACAUUCCAGCUGCCCUCAGGACGGGGAACCAGCCUCGCAUUAUGCAGGUCAUCGCCAUGUCCAAGCAGCAGGGCCUGCUGUCUGGGACGCCCAAAUCGUCCGAGGCCUCGUCCUCUUCUGCCGCCUCCUCGGUCACGGGGGCUGAGUCACCCCCUUACUGCCCCCCAUCUGAGCGUGACAGUGGUUCCAGCAUCGUCACAGUGGACGCUCAUGCACCCCACCAUCCUGUGGUACACAUGGUCUCCAACCCUGCCAACCCCUGGGAGUGGAGGGGGACCUCCAACGGGGGCACAGCUGGGACAUACGAACUCAACGACCUGAACCGCGAGGGCUCCAGAGGCUACCGUCAGGUCAGGAACAGCUCACCAUGCUCUUCGACCAGUGAGGCAGACCACGAGUCAACGCACCCUCCUCAGCACCCCCAGCCUCCGCAUAUCCCCCACCUGGAUCGUGCCGUGGAGGGACGGAGCCUGCGCCGCAAAACCCCCUUGGUGUUCUUAGAUCGGGAGAACACUCAGAGCCAGAACGAGCAGGAGAACUUCUACCGAAAGCUGCAAAGUGGCCGGCGCUUUAAGGAGUGACGUGGCAUUCAGCAGGGCAGCUAACUGCACCAGUGAAGAUGCCGGGGUGGACACAUCUCACUAUGCAUCACUCAGACUCUGUCAUUUUGUAUUUUUGCUUGGUUUUGAUUAAUCUGUUUGCUAGCUGAGGGGAAAUACCUGGGUGGAUGUCAUGCAUCCACAGAUUCCAAAGGAGAAACACUGCAUCAGGAAACCUUACGAGCACAAUGGUCUUCAUUACAUCUCUCCUAGAGUGGAGUGCAAACCAAAUGUGUAACACCAAAAUCCCAGUGAAUGAUCUAUAAUCUGCGUACUGUAUUUACCAAUAUCUCAGAUUUUCAAUUUUCAACAUUGUGAAAUGCAGACUGCAAAAGAUGGAAUUGGUUAUUUUGUAUUGUGGCCUUUUCUCUGUUAAACACUUUUAAUUUGUGUGUGCCUAUGAUGUCAAGUGGAUUUCAUGUGUGUAUUUUAGUAUGGUACUAUUGUAGAAUAUAUUGCCUUGGGGAUAAUAAUACUUUAAGAAGAAACUGAAUAGAGUUUGAAUUGAACUUCUUCUCAUGAAGGAGAGAAAUUGAUUUCUUUGUUUAAAGAAAUGCAUCACUCAAAAAUGCUAAUUUCAUUAAGAGUGGAUUAUAUAUUGUGGCAUGAUAUUUUUUGCAGAAUGCUAACUUGCUCUGAAUACUUUUCACUUAUUGCUAACAGUCUUAGCAUUUCUGAGUGAAGUACACAUUUAAAGGGGAAUGUUACUUUUUCAGCACUUGAGGCUCACAUGUUCAUCCAUUUUUCUGGAUUCAGUUUAUACUCACAUUCAUGUACUUCAUACAAAGAUUUUUCUAAAGUUGGACCCCACUGAAAAACAUAUGGAAAAACAUAUUGAUGGCAUUCUUAAGAAUACUAAAAUCAUGUCAUUUUUCAUCUAUGUUUUGAAUCAGUGGUGAGCAGGUUUCAAGGUGAUACUUUAGAAUGAGAAAUACUCUGAAACUAUCUGAAUUUCUCAGAUUCUGUGGAUUAUUUCUGUGGAAAGUGUUUUGAACCCCAGAGCACUUGGAACAGAACUGAAGGAGGUCCCUGAUCCAGAGGGUCCAUGUGUAAGAAUGAGUGACAUUCCCCCAUAAAAAAAGAGAGUACUCUUAAUAUCGGUUUACAUUUUAAAAACAACAAAAAAGUAAAUUUUUAUUGUCAUUUUGAAGGACUGCAUUUUUCUCAGCACUUAAAAAAGUAAAGCACAGGAAAAUGUCUCAGGUGGCAGAAGACGUACAGUAAUAAGUUCAUAAAAUACGAGCGGGUUAACAAGUGAGCCAUGUCUCGCCUACUUCAGAGGGGUGGGAAAGCCGAUAGACUACUGCAUGUUACGUAAGUGGUUGUCAAGUUGGAAGUUCAGCUGUGUUACAGUGAUGAAUUAAAAUUUGUUAGCCUAUCAGUAACUGUUAUUAUAUUAUGUGGCCAAUGCAGUACACUGAAAGUAUGACACAGCUUGCUGUGAAGAUUCAUAGCUAGUCUCAGAUCACUGCUUCUGAUUGGUCAACGUCCUCUGGUUGUGAUGAUCAUUCUUGGAGUAUUGAUUCAGUCAUGCAAAAAAAAAAAAAAAAUGGGGAAAAAAAGCAGUGUAAUGCAAUAAACGCUACCCUUGUAAAUCAUGUUGACAGGACAACUAGAGUGUGUGUCGUGGUGUGAAGAUAUGCAUGAGCUCAUGAUUUUUUAAAAAACAUUUUGAGAGUUGUGAGUGACAAAUCAAGAACCCCAUUGCUGCUUGAACAACUAUGUAAAUGUCGUGGUUGUUAAUUCGUCAGAGGGGGUUUUGAAGCGUAUGAAUGACAAGUCCAGGAAUAACCCUUUCCCAUUUAGAUUCGGUAACAAUGAGUUUUAUUUGUGUAAUCGUUUAAGUGCUCAGUAUGAAGAAUUGCAGUAAUUUUCAUUGCUUUUGCAGGGUCCCUGAGAAAUGUGCUUGUAAAGUGUUCGUUUGUGAGGAUAGCCCUGAGCAUCUAGCAGCCUGACAGAGACUGAGGCAACGGUCGCUUGAGGCCAGAAUGUGCACUCGGACCAAAAACCCUGACAGAGCCCUCAAAUACAAAUUACCAUGACAACUAGACCCGGAAAGACCACCCACACAAAAUACAUUCACAUGUAUGCAGAUUUUGUCAUGUACAUAAGUAGCUAUGCUGUGAUGGGAAACUUGGAAUUUUAGUAAACCUAACGUCACAACAAAAGUGAAGAACACAAAUUUGAGUAAGAUGCUAAAGUACUUCAUCCUAGUUUAUUUAU